AUGGCCACCUCAGCCAACGUGGCAGCCACCGGUACAGCGGUCCUGAGCGUCGGGACCUUAGUCAUGUGUGCCAUGUUUGUGCCAUGUCUUAUCCAGAAGAUGCAGACGGUCCGUCAAGAAAUUAUGACCUACAUGGACGAGUUCAACGUAGGUAUUGCUCAGUACUGUUGGCUGCUUUACCGUACACCUGUGAUCAGCGACGAUGUAUGGCGAGAGAUCGAAAUUCGGGAGAAGUUAUUUUCGAACGUUCGAAAAGUUCGACAAGUUAAGAUCAACGGAGUUAAUUGCAGUAAGCAGAGGUCGACGGUACUUGAAAAUCAUAAUUGUGAGGUUGAUAACGAGUGUCCUCCUGGACCCCCAGGCCCACCGGGUGCUCCUGGUACCGACGGGCUACCCGGUGAGGACGGACGUGACGGCAACGACGACGUGUAUCCAAUAAAUAAUAAUUUUCAGGGCAUGAAAGGACCCAGAGGUCGUCCAGGAAAGCCAGGAGCGAAGGGACUACGCGGCAAGCCUGGCCAGAAGGGACAAUCAGGUCUGCCUGGUAAAGCAGGGAAAUCAGGUCCCAUGGGACCUCCAGGUCAAUCGGGAACCCUUGGCCAAAAGGGCCCUCGUGGAGAUAAGGGACCGCGCGGUCCAACAGGACCACCCGGGGAAGCAGGAUUUAGCGGAGUGAGCGGUGCACCAGGCGUUGAGGGACCACGAGGACCGCAAGGGCCGAAAGGUAGACGAGGUGAGCCUGGAAGAGCAGGCGCAGACGGUAUGACUGGACCGGAGGGAGAACCGGGCAAGGAUGCUGGCUACUGUCCGUGUCCUGCGAAAAGCAGUCCGAUGAUCAGCCCUCCCGCACCACCUCCUGUGACAGCCCUUCCGCCACCACCUCCCAUGAUCGGCCCGUACAAGAAUAUCUCUGAUGAGGGUUUCUGUGCCGGAGGCGAAACCGCCGGACUGGAAUCAAAAUGUUGUGGCACGUGUGCAGCCGUUGCCUCACAGGAGACAGAGGAAGAGUUUGAAAUGUCAUUCGCGGAUAUUGAGGCGAUGAUCUUCUGA